AGCGAUGAUGUACAUUUCCAGACAAUUUGGCUCAGAUUUGGUUUGGUCAAUGUGGUCGUUGUGGUCGGUGCUUCGAAGAUAUGACCGUCAAGGUGUCAAAACAGUCCAAAUCGUUUUAUCCCUAUGUCAAAAGUCCUUCAAGGUUCCUGCUAACAGAAGUAUAUGUGUAGUUUCCUGCCAACCACUGUUUGGUUCGUCGUUCACUAUUCGAGGCUCUUCACGUCGAGUAGUCUUCGGCGGAUCAAACACGGUGUCGGUGAGAUGGUUCGCCGAUCUACCUCCUUAUAGCCUAUUAAGAAUGCCUUCGUUGUCACCAACUAUGAAACAAGGCAAUAUUAUUGAUUGGAAGAAGAAGGAAGGUGAUAAACUGUCUCCCGGUGACGUCAUUGCAGAUAUUGAAACAGAUAAAGCAACUAUGGAAUUUGAGUGUCAAGACGAGGGUUAUCUUGCAAAGAUAUUGCUGAAAGAUGGAACACAGGAUGUAAGUAUUGGGAAGCCAGUUGCGGUUAUUGUUGAGGACGAAGAGGAGUUGGCUGCCUUCAAAGAUGUUGAUCCUUCACAGUUUCUCUCAGCAGAUACUUCCAGUUCUUCUGGACAACUGACGGAGCAACAACAACAGAAAGUUUCCCAACAAGAUAAAGAAAAAAAGAAACCAACUGAGCAGGUUUCACCAAAGCCUUCAAGAGAAGCAGCUGUGGCACAGCCAAUUGUUCAAAAGGAAGGAAAAGAUCGAACCUUUGCUUCUCCUUAUGCCCAAAAAUUGGCAUAUGAGAAAGGUGUUGAUAUUAACAGAGUUUCAUCUUCUGGUCCUUCUGGAAGGGUUCUCGCCAAUGAUAUUUUGGCUGCUUCCGAAGCAGAAGUUACUACUGCUGCUGUUAGUGGUAGUGCUGCCUACACAGAUAUCAAGUUAAGUAACAUGCGCAAGACUAUUGCAGAGCGUUUGUUGGAAUCAAAACAAACCAUUCCACAUUAUUACUUAACUGCAACCUGUCGCAUCGAUAAAUUGUUACAGGUGCGUGAACAAAUGAAUGCCAAGGCAAAGAAUGGAGAAUAUAAGAUUUCUAUAAAUGAUUUUAUUAUCAAAGCUUGUGCGGUGGCUUUGCAAAAAGUCCCAGAAGUCAAUUCUCAGUGGCUUGGCAGUGCAAUUCGUCGCUUCUAUACCGUGGAUGUAUCAGUCGCAGUUCAGACCGAUACUGGGUUAAUCACUCCGAUUGUUAAGGAUGCAGAUCGAAAGGGCUUACGAGACAUUUCAGAAGAAAUGAAGCAACUUGCAAACAAGGCACGGGAGAAUAGACUACAACCUAGUGAAUAUGUUGGAGGGACCUUCACUGUGAGCAAUCUCGGAAUGUUUGGUGUCGACCAGUUUUCGGCUAUUAUCAAUCCGCCGCAAGCAGCCAUCCUGGCAGUGGGUUCAAGUACGAAGACUGUGUUACCUGGACACAAUGGAGAAGUUGUUGUGGGAAAUACUUUAAAAGUUACAAUGAGUUGUGAUCAUCGAGUAGUGGAUGGCGCGGUUGGUGCAAGAUGGUUGAAGACUUUCAAGGAUAUCAUUGAAGAACCUAUCAACAUGCUUCUUUAAUGGCUCCAUAUUCCUUGUAUGACUACCACUAUAUGUUGAAGCUGUUGUGCCCAUUUGUUUCCAAAUGUGCCAUUUUGUAAAGCUGCAAUAGCUUAAAGAGGAAGAGUUUCUUCAUAACCUGCCCGAGUAGGCGGUUCCAGCUUAGGUCGAAUACCAAGUACUCACUCUCUUACCACGACCAAAUAGACAUAA